CUGUUCUACAUGGCUCUCCAUCUUGGCUGCAGUUCAAUUUUCACUGACUUCCAUGAGCUCCAUUAUGAAACCCAAGUGCAAUCCUCUCUUUGCACCAGGAUCAGCCUGUGACUCCUGAACAGACCUGAAGCUUACAAAUGCCCUCAGCCACCCCUCCCAAAGCACAUGGCUAUGAAAACUUUAUGGAGUAACAGCACAGAUCAGGGAGACAGAAAUACAUCUGCUGCCAGGCAUGCUCAGCCUUCAGCUCCUGGUCUUCUGUCUCCUCCCAGUUCUUCCCAGAAAUGAAAGAAGGCUUGAGCAGAAGACCUGCAAGACAGUCAUAGGUGCCUGAAGCUGACGAUGCACUGCGGAGCAAGUGGCCAGAAGUGAACCAGACAAGUCAAAGGCAGAAGAACAGAGAGAGUGCAAAUAUCUCAGGACUAAGACCAAGACAGAGGGACUCAAAACCAGUGAUUUGAGAGCCCCGCGACGCAGCCUGCUACAGGAGCGGGGACUUCUCUGGAACACUGGCGUGCGCAGGGAUUAAUCCCACCGUAGAGAGCCAGCCUGGCCUUUGAAGUGUUACAAGGGGAAGGAGGAGGAUCCUUGAGCUGUUGCAGAGGCAGCCAACUGCUCCAUAUUUGGCUUCUAUUACCCAUUUACAUGCUGGAGAGCGGAGAGGGAGCGAGCGCUGUACCGCAGACAUCAUUUCUACUACAGUGGUGGAGACAUCCCGGACCUGUGUCACUGCAGGGGGAAGGAAAAAAGCCAAACAAACAAAAAGCAGACCCAAGCCCCGUGAUCAGCUAGGAAGACAUUUGUGUGCGAGUCUCUCUCUGACCCCCCCACCCCCGCCAACCCCACCUCCACUGACACUUUACAUCACAUUGCAGGCCAAGGCAGAUGGGCAAGCAAUACAAGCUGUGAAUUUAUUCUUGACCCCGUAGGACAGUGACCACCAUCAUUUUUUUCUUCACCAUACAGUUAUGCACUGCCAGUAAGUGAAAAGGUCAAGAAAAGCAGUAGCUCAGUGGCUGAAUUUUUCUGAAGUGCUUUACAGCAGGGAAAGUGGGGAAACCUCUUAAAGUGGUGUCUUAUUCAAUUCUGGAGCACAGGAAAAGAGUUUUAAUGCAAAAUACCAGAAAAAAAAGUCUGCAACAUCUCCUGUGAGAGGGGGGAGAAAAGGAGAUUAACAAUUGCAUCUUGAAACACUCAUGAUUUGAGGCCAUAUGUGUCCUUUGAACUCUGAAGAAGCUGUGCCAAAAGGAAGCCUUCUUCUCCUCCCCGCCUCCCAUCGUGGAGCCGCUCUUAGAUAAUUGCAAUUAGUAGACAAUGCGGAGCGAACCCAAAUGUGAAGUCCACGGGUACAGUUUACUCUGUGCAAGUUGUAAACUCCAUGGAGCAGGUGUUUGUACAGUGCAUAGCACAGCAGGACCCAGGUUUCAUCGAGGUGUCUGGACAUGCUCUUAUGUGUUGAGGUUAGGGAAUGUGUAACGAGCAGUGGAGACGGCUCUGGGAGCAAAGUUACUUCCAUGGUUUCCAGAUGAAGAGGUUUAGAAGGGCAGAUGAGUCCAGCACCCAGACACAGUUAUUCACCCAACACGAAGUGGGUGUAACACCUUGUGAAGUUGGGCAUUUCACUGUGGACCACAUGCAAAGCAUGGGAGAUUUUGUUUAUAUGGCAAAGCCUUGGAGGAUCAAUCUUCAGAUGCGGAAUGGAUGCUAAACAGAAAUCAGAGUGAUGCCUGCCUGUUUUAUGCAAACAAAACCUCUUCUGUCCUGAGCUCUAUCUUACUUGAUUUGAAAGAGGAAAGCCACUGAGGACCUGUGAACAAUCCAGCAGCUUCUGAAAAAUCUUCAUGCUAAAGGAUAAUCCAGAAUUCCCUGAAGAAGAACAAAGUGAAUGUUAAUCCAGAGGAGCUGUCGGAGGAUCGUGCUCACAGGGAGAUGAUUCCUCAUGAAGUCACUGGAUCCCCUGCAGAAAUCAAAUGUGACUUUCCGUUUAUCAGACUGAAAUCAGAGCCAGCCAGACAGUGAAGCAAGCACAGUGGAGGGGGGACGGCGAAAGAUGAAAUCCAACCAAGAGCGGAGCAAUGAAUGCCUGCCACCUAAGAAGCGAGAAAUCCCUGCCACCAGCCUGCCUUCGGAGGUGAAGCCGGUCCUGCCAAACGAAAACCACCGUGCAGAUAACCUGGCAUGGCUCCCCAGCACACCCAGUGGCCAGGGCUGCCUGGGGGGCAGGCACCGGCCCGGGGGUACCUCCUCGGUGGAGGCAGGCUUGCAGCAGGGUUUGCACAAGUCACUGUCUGCAGGGAUGGACUAUUCCCCGCCGAGUGCGCCCAGGUCCGUUCCAGCCUCUACCACUCUUCCCACGGUGUACUCGCCCGCCCUCUCCCAGUCAGGGACCCCCGUUUCCCCCGUGCAGUACACUCACCUGCAGCACACCUUCCAGUUCGUCGGGCCCCAGUACAGUGGAUCGUACACCGGAUUCAUCCCCUCACAGCUGAUUUCCCCGACAGCCAAUUCUGCGACCGGCGCCGUGGCGGCGGCCACAGCCGUUGCAACCACUCCAUCCCAGCGCUCCCAGCUGGAGGCUUAUUCCACUUUGCUGGCCAGCAUGAGCGGCUUGAGCCAGCAGGGGCACAAAGUUGAGCCGCACCUGGUCAGGACGCCUGGACUGAUCGCUGCUGGGUCUCCUCCACCCACCCAGCAGAACCAGUACGUCCACAUUUCCAGCUCUUCCCAGAGCACUGUCAGAAAUGUCUCUCCUCCAACCAUCCCAGUCCCCCUGCACCCACAUCAGACAGUGAUCCCGCACACCCUCACCCUUGGCCCUUCCUCCCAAGUGGUGGUGCAGUACACUGACUCGGGGGGCCACUUUGUCACCAGGGAUCCCCCCAAGAAACCCGAGAGCAGCCGGCUGCAGGCGAUGCAGGCCAAGGAGGUACUGAAUGGCGAGAUAGAGAAGAGCCGGAGGUACGGCAUUUCGCCUUCUGCCGACAUGGGUCUAGUCAAAGCAGGCAAUAAACCAGCUCCCCAUCACUACGAGACCAGGCACGUGGUGGUCCACUCGAGCCCCGCCGAGUACGGCGUGCGGGAUUCCUCAGGUGUCCGAGCCUCUGUCAUGGUGGUCCCCAACAGCGGCACGCCCACGGCAGACCUGGAGGUGCAGCAGGCCGCCAACCGUGAGACCUCUCCUUCAGCCCUCAACGACAAGGGAAAUUUGCACUUAGGAAAGCCAACCCACCGGUCCUAUGCCUUGUCUCCGCAGCAGGCUCUGGGCCACGAGGGGGUGAAGGCGGUGGCCACGCUGUCCCCUCACACCGUCAUUCAGACCACCCACAGCGCCUCCGAGCAACUCCCUGUGGGGCUGCCGGCGACAGCUUUCUACACUGGGACCCAGCCGCCGGUGAUCGGCUACCUGAGCGGCCAGCAGCAAGCCAUCGGCUACCCCAGCAGCCUGCCGCAGCACCUGGUGAUCCCGGGAACCCAGUCCCUGCUGAUACCGGUCGGCAGCGCGGACGUCGAGCCGUCGGGAGUCACGCCUGCGAUCGUCACGUCGUCUCCUCAGUUUGCAGCAGUGCCUCACACGUUCGUCACCACCGCCGUCCCCAAGAGCGAGAACUUCAGUGCGGAGCCCCUCACCACCCAGCCUGCCUACCAGGCCACCAUGGUGCAGGCACAGAUCCACCUGCCCGUGGUGCAGUCCAUUGCCUCCCCUGCCGCCGCGCCCCCCACGCUGCCCCCUUACUUCAUGAAGGGGUCGAUCAUCCAGCUGGCCAACGGGGAGCUGAAGAAAGUGGAGGACUUGAAAACAGAAGACUUCAUACAGAGCGCGGAAAUUAGCAACGACCUGAAAAUAGACUCCAGCACUGUGGAGAGGAUCGAAGACAGCCAUAGCCCGGGCAUCGCCGUCAUCCAGUUUGCAGUGGGGGAGCAUCGAGCACAGGUCAGCGUGGAAGUCUUGGUAGAAUACCCUUUUUUUGUAUUUGGACAAGGCUGGUCAUCAUGCUGCCCUGAAAGAACCAACCAGCUCUUUGAUUUGCCAUGCUCCAAACUCUCAGUGGGGGACGUCUGCAUAUCGCUCACACUCAAGAACCUGAAGAACGGCUCUAUUAAAAAGGGCCAGCCCAUGGACUCAGCUAGUAUCUUGCUGAAGCAUUCAAAGAAUGACAGUCUAGCUGGAAGUAGACACAGGUAUGCGGAGCAGGAAAACGGGAUUAAUCAGGGAAGCGCACAGAUGUUAGCUGAGAACGGUGAACUGAAGUUUCCGGACAAAAUAGGAUUGCCUGCAGCACCUUUGCUCACCAAAACAGAACCCAGCAAGCCCCCAGCAACAAGGAAGAGGAGGUGGUCAGCCCCUGAAACACGAAAACUAGAGAAAUCAGAAGAGGAGCCACCUUUGACUCUUCCCAAGCCUUCUUUUAUUCCUCAGGAGGUUAAGAUUUGCAUUGAAGGUCGAUCCAACGUAGGAAAGUAAAAGUUGUUUGGGGAAAGGAAAUUAGGCUAUCCCUUGUCAUUUUUAUCCAGAUUACUGUACUGUAGACUAAAUAACCCAGUAUUUACAUGUUAUCAUCUUAUUUUAGGUUUAUGUUAUAACCUUGUUGUUAUAGUUGCAGCUGGUAUUAUGCAGGAGACUGGUGCAUAUGUUUUUCCACAAGUGUUUGUCAGUGACUAGGUUUAUCGAGAGCUACAGAAGGGGCAGUAUCUGCUUCACACACCCUUAGUGGAAAUGAAUGUGUUGUCAUGGCUCCUGUUUUCUAACACCUCGUGUAGGACAGGGUCCAGCUGUGAUUUUGUUUUCUUUUCGUCGCUGUUUUUUUUCUUGGGUUUUUUUUGGGUUUUGGUUUGUUUUUGUUUUUGUUUUUGUUUUUUUUUUUUGUGUCUGUUUUGUUGUUCUGGUUCCUGUUCUAGUUUUUUGGGGGGAGGUGAGGAGAAGGGAACUGUAGCAGAGGUGUGUGUCAGACAUGGGGUGCGUGUGCGUGUGUGUGUGGGUGUGGGUGCGUGCCAGCCCCCAGGGCGGGAUGGCCGCUCUCUGGCGGGUUGGUGAUGAGGUUUCCUCACCCCAGGUGGAUGCUGAGGACACAACCCUUGGGUGUGUUACUGAAAAGGAUCAGACAGUCUCUGAUGUUUUCAACAACAAGCCAACUCUUACUCAAGGCUCUGCUAUACAUAUAUAUAUAUAUAUAUAUAUAUAUUUGUGUGUGUGUAUAUGUAUAUAUAUAUUUUUCCCCCAUGGGGUCUGACUGCACUGAUUUUUAUUCCUAAAGCAAACUGCCACACCACAUUUCCUUUCUGCUUGCUAGUGCAGUUCCAUUGCCCGGAGUCGGCGACGGCGAGGCUGUGGGGGCCUCGCGCCGGUCGCCCUGCAGGGUUCCCUUGAGGGCGGGGCUGGGUGUGUGCGUGUGGCGUGGCUGUGCGUGGCUGUGCGAGGAGGCCUCUGGCUCUGCGGAUGCGCCUGGCUCAGGCUCACUCCUGUUUCUGUGCAGUGUUAGACAAAUCGACCGGGUUACGCCAAUGACAUUUGCUUCCACAAGGUAGACGCAGACUGCCCCUUUGAGAUCACAGGCAUCCAUCGUUUGCAGUUAGGUUGCAAAUCUUUGUCUUUAACUCUAGUACUGGUUUUAGUUCAUGGUUAUGGACGACUGGUGCCACUUUUUUCAAAUUGCGGUGUGUGACACAGGAAUCCGCUGUUGAAGAUGAACCUAGAAUGUCUUUAAGCACUUAAAAUGCUGUUCACACUUUAUUGCUGAGCAUCCUGGUCUAACACUCAGUACGUACUGUAUAUCACUUUAAUCUGCUCGGAAAGCAACAACAACAAACAAACAAAUCUCUUCAACACUGUAACUACAUGCAACUAUGUAAAGUUUUCUCACAGGCAAGAUGCUGAAAGUUUUAAUGUGGUUUCAAAGGGAUGAAUGUGAAUUAUUGAACUAGUAUGUGACAGUCAUUGUCCACAAAGGACUACUUAAUAGGAGGCACUUUUUAAACUUUAAUGCUUGAGAAAGAGUUAAAGGCAUAUGCGAGCUGACAUAAUAAAAAAAAAAUAAGAGAAAGGAAAAAGGAAAGAGGAAAAAUCAUUGUCCAGUGUUUUUGAAAAAGAUGGACUUUAAAGAAUCUUGCAAUUUGCACAUCUUGAGUUUAUCAUUUGUGUGGUAUUCCUGCAGUUUUUACCUAAUAAUGUUGUGGGGUGGGGGGGUCUGAAAGAGCAUAAACAAAUGUAGCAAUUACUCACUAACCUGCCUACGCUCUAGGCCAUUUCAUAGGGUUACGUUCCUUUCAGAGUUCAUUUUCAGUCUUUCUACCUUAUCGGCCACACAGAACCAGGUCCUACCGGGACACCUCUGAGAAUUUUUCUUCAGACUUGCUGAGAGAGUUUUCCAGAAAAAAAACCAUUUCUAUAAGUAAGCAAGGUGUUUGUUUGUUUUGAAAACAAACCUAUUGUUAUUUUAUUUUUAUUAUUAUUAUUAUUAUUAUUUGUUAUUUUAAUUGCAUCGUUUUCCAUUGGAAAGGCGACAUUUCAGGAGUUUGGUACAAACCAAGUAGGAGCGGGGGGAUUCACGCGUUCAGUCUUUUCUUUCCCCAGGUAGGGCCGGAUCCUCUGAGGUGCUGUGCACCAAACCUCCUGCAUGAGCCUCGGGGAGGUGCGAGUAUGAAGUGUGUCGGGGCUGAGUGCUAAAGCCUGUCACUGCUUCUUGGAAGAUCCCAGUGGGAUUUCAGUGGGAUCGCACUCGGGCCCUCUGUGAGCAAGCGUUCGUGUCGUCAUUUUUGGUUGGCGAGUUCACAUCCUUCAGGUAGUUUUGAAGAAGCUGUACUCAUAGGGAGAACAGGAAAUCAAAGUCUGUCAUUAGAAACACAGUAACCUAAAGUGAACAAAUUUAUUUAAAGUCUUGUUUUCCCUCUCCCCUGAAAUACAGUGCUUUUCUUUGAGAGAAGAAAUGUUAACCCCAAACCCCAUCUUUGACUCUUGUUACUUGUUACUUGAAAUUUAGCUCACACCAGACCUAAUUGUUUUUAUACCAUAUUCUGGGGUGCACCAAAAAGUUGAAAUAUGUUUAAAAUAGCUUGAAACUUUUUUUGAAUUUCCUUGAAUUUUAUUAACCUCUCAGCGGGCUACCAAAUAGCUGAGUGGGUUUCUUCUCACAAUCACACAGCUUAGUUAGUGCUUAUUUGUUAAUAUUUCUGCUCAGAGAAGUUGCUUAAUCUUCCAUAUACUCUGCUCAGGGCACUUGCAAUUUAUUGUUUUGUUUUGUUUCCUGUUUUUUUUUUAAGCUUUGAUGGUAAAGGAAUAGAAAGAUUACAGAUUUUAGUUCACAGUCUUACCACUAUUUCUGUACUUCACGUGUACUUAGAAAAAAAGAAAUCUCAAGUAAAACCAUUUGCAUACACAUUUGUGGUCAAUAAGGAAGCAGGGGCUAUUAAACUGACUGGAUCUAUUCAACUAACACUAAAAAAAAUAAUAAUAAUAAAAAAAUACAUUUGGAGCAAUAGGAAUGUAUUAGUUCUGUGCUUGUAUUUCAGACUGAGGAAUUCUGAAAUAACUGGUUCUUUCCAAACAAUUGUCCCCUUCCAUGCUUUAGCUUUUGUAGGAUGUGCAAUACUUUACGUGCCAACUUAGACUCACCUGUGCGGUGUUAGCUAGAUCUCAUACCCACUUCUGAUUUCCCCUGGUUUUGUCUCUUUUGAAUUCUUUCUUUCUACCUUUCUCCCUGCCCCUGCCCCCCCAACAUUAAUAAGUCCCUCCCCGUCCUCCCCCCUCCAAAAAUCCACACCAUAUUAAGGGUAGAAGAUCCCUUGCCCCGGGAAACACGAACCCAUUUUCUAUUUGUUGUUUAAAGAGAUCCAGGAAGAAAAAAAAAAAAAAAAAGGCAAAAAAGAGAUGUAUUCAUGUCUACAUGGCAUCCAUCCAGGCAGAGGGUGGCACUCAACCAUAUGGCCGAGUGCCACCUUCCACCUGGACACGCGCACACAGGAGCUGGCUCCCAUCGGGGCCGAGCCCUUUGCAAGGUGAGGCUUUGCCUUUCCCUCUGGCACUGAGCAUCCCUUGUGCUGCAGCCCCAGGCCCGGGAGUGCCAUCAGUCCCCAGGGCAGGUGCAAAACACCACUCGUAAGCAGGGGAUGCUGAGGUGAAGCUGAAGGAGGAGGCUCUGCCUCUGCUCUGCGUGGCGGCCGCUUUGCAAUAGUAACUAAGCAGUUUUUUUUUUUUGUCUGUUUGUUUCUCUCCUUUUGUAGCAGGCCUCUUUAGUUUACAAUGAAAUGCAUACAAUCACCAAGAAAUUAGUCAGGGCAAAGAAAAAUAAAACAAGAACCUCUUUAUAGGGAUUUCUAAAAAACAAAAAAAUCUAUUUGUCUGUCUAUCUAUCUAUCUAUCUAUCUGUCUGUCUAACUAUCAAUAUAUCUAUCUAUCUCUAUAUAUACAGUGACUGUUCCUUAUAGCGUCUAACUUAGGCAUUGUUUCAGUUUGUCUGGGCCACAUCAUGGGGAAUUUGAGUUUGAUGUCACUUACCUCGAGUCCUCUGGUCGAGACCCGAAUCGGAGUCGCUGUUGACCUAUUUUACCAUUUUGUACCUUGCCCUUAGACUUGCUUUCCCUCAAAGAUGCAGACCUCGGGAGGAGGGGAGGGACACACGUUCCUUUUUUCAUUCCUUUAAUUCCUUUGUCCCACUGUCGUGUCGUUCCCGUCAUUUUCUCAGCAUGGGGAAGUGACAUCACUACUCUUGUUUCCCUUAAAUCAAGGAACAUUUAGAAACCUUUCACACCUUUUACUCAGGGAUGGGGCUGGUGUAUGUGUGGUACACUGAUGUGACCAGAAGCAGCACUUUUACUGCUCCGGAGUAGGGAUGUACAAUGUUACAGACAAGUUUGGAUUUCCUGCAUCUCAUGGUUUAAACUUUGUAGAUCUCAUUUAGAUUGCAAUACAAAAGCAGCAGGCUCAGCAUGAACUGUAGCUGUUGGUUAUCAUGAAAAUACACUCUCUGCAGAGAUUUAUAUUACUUUAAAGUGUGUUGCCAGUAGUAAAAAGGAAAUUGUGAAAUUCUGUUAAUUCUUGCAACUGCUUAAAAAAAAAAAAAAAGCCUGUGUCAGGGAGAGUGAAUUCUCAAUCUUUUUAAACACUAAUAGUGUUGUUUCAGAGUGGCUUUUGGUGCAAUGCUCUGCAUGUCAUGGGACCCAGUUCUGCAAACGCUUAUACAUGUGCCCAUGGGAGGUCUGGGCUGGCCAGCAAAGGCUGCUCAGGGGCUUGCUGUAAAGCACAUGUAUAAAUCUUGGUGAAAUUGAAGCGUGGUUCAAUCAGGGCCGGAUCCUGACCUUAACGAGGCAGCUGGAAAAAUGUCAGGGUUGACCAGGGCAGAAGCCUUGGGCAGGUGAAGGGGAUUCAGCCCAUUGAAACACUUCUGGUGUCCCAGAAACUUGACAAAUGGCAGAAUGAGAUAUGCACUCAUACAGUUUCCAUUUCUUCCCUCCCCAUCAUCACAGGUAGCAGCAGAGUCCACUGCAGGCUCUGGCCAGUGUUGAUGUGAAAAGCAAGGGGAACAUACCACCAGAGUGGAGGCAGUUAUUUCCUUUUCUCUGGUUUUUCCAACCCUCCCACUCUCCCAAAUGCUGUAAUACAUAGCAGAAUGAGAAUUUGUUGAUGCAGAUAUGCAUAUGUGCACACACACCCCCAGGCAGAAGUGUCUGUUUGCACACAAAGAAGUUACGUGUGCAUUUUUUUUACGUGUAUGCCUACAUGUCCACUUGAUUCCCUGUCCUGAGGACAGCCUUGCUUUGUGCCCAUAGGGAAAUUCCAAACACGUUGCACACCUCUACUCCAGAGUUCAAUUUCUUUUACAUAGACGACCUCGCUUCAGAUGUGUUACCUUUACUGAUAGGAUCUUUUCUUGUAGCACUAUACCUUGUGGGAAUAUUUUUUGAUGUAAACCUAAUUUGAGAAGCUUAUUAAAAAUAGAAACUUUUUUUGAAGCACUCACAUUGAGGAGUACAGGUAAUGUUUUAAAAAAUUGCACAAAAGAAAAAUGAAUGUUGGAAUGAUUCAUUCAGUGUUUGAAAAAGAGAUGGCUCUGUUUGAACAGUGAGUUUCAUACCUUGUUUGUAAAAAAAAAAAAGUUUUUAAAUACAAAAGCAGAGAAAGGUUGAAAGUUACAUGUUUUUUGUAUAUAGAAAAUGUCAUGUCUAGAUGAUCUGAUUUGUAUUGGCUCUGGCCAGGAAGAAUUAUUACUUAAAAGGCUCUUAAAGAACAACUGUGCUUAAUUUUCUGUUCGUAUUACAUGGGUCCCAUUUCUGGGGAAUGGAGUCACACUGUUAAUUCCUGUGCUGAAAAUACACCUUGGAGCAGCAAUUCCUGAGUGCAGCUACCAGGCACUUCGAAGGGUGGCUACUGUGCAAAACGAGUCUCACCCUCCGGCUGUAUUUGGCUUUAAGUCUCUUCCGCCUGCGCUGAGGGAGCCCUGGCAGCCCAGAGGUCAGGGCUGGUUUCGAGGGAGGCCCUGGCCGUGCCCUGGGCAGGCGAGGCCCGGCUGGCCCGAGUGUGGGGACCCUGCUGGUGCUGGCAGCCCUCGGGUUGAGAGCUGCUGCUGGCUGAGCACAACUUGCGUAGUUUCCACCUGAGGUCUUUUGGUCCCAUUUUUUUUCUCUCUCUGGGGAUGCUGUUCUACAUUUUUUCAGCACUUCCUGGUCCAGAUGAAAUCCAAAGAGUACAACCCUGAGCUAGAAGUGCUUGUAACAAGGUAUCCUUGCCCAGCACUAGCAGCAGAAUGGUACCCCAGGCGACCCAGCUUUCCAGCCCCUGUCACUGCCCCUUUCUCCUGCCACUGCUGCCAGAGCGCCAGGAGCAGCUGGUCACACGGUUCCAGUGACAGUCUUGACCAGUGGCAAGACUGAUGUUUUUCAGAAGCCAAAAGGAGAGGAUCCUGAAGCAGUUUCUGAAGAGAGGAUCCUUUUCCUGUCCAAAGAUGGAGCUGGGCAGCUGGGAGCUGAUGGCAGGGUGGAGAGGGCAAAGUUUCCAGCUGCUCCCAUCCCCGUUCCCAGAGGUGACCCAAGCUUUGGCUCCCACAGGCACAGGGGAUGGGAAUGCUCGCUCUGUGCAAGUGACCCCCGGGCGUUCAGAAACCAGCCCCAGUUGUGUUAUGGUGAAGUGCAUUCAGCCAACAGGUAGUAUUUAUACAAUAACCGUCUCUGAGGUUUCCGUAGGUUUUUUCUUGUUGUUAGCUGAAAGGACGCAAGUCUUCCAUUGAGGAUUUUAAGGAGGCUUCAUCCAAGGUUGUUUCUUUUUUGUUAGUUUCUAUUUUGAGCAGUUAAAGCUCCUGUGCCCUUUCCCUCGACCACGCAGUAGGUGUGCAUUGGAAGUGUUGUUUGCAGCGAGCGGAGUCACUUGUUGAAGCUGUCCUUGCUGUACUACGAGAUUGGUGAUGGGCAGAAACUUCAGGGCCCAGAUCCUCAGCCAGGGUGGAGCCAGGGAGGGACCACUGGCUCCGCCGGCAGUGUGGGUCUGCCCCUUCACACCUGCUGGCGAGGGGAUUCCACCCUGGCAUUUGCUUUAAAAGUCCAGGACCCAGGUACUCUCCCGUUGAACAAGCUCUGCAGAAUUCUUGUUCCAGUCCACCGGGUUUGGAUCUGGGCAGCUGAGGGCAAAAACGGGCCAGGGAUGGCUGCAGGUGGCUCGGACGGCCAGGCGCUUCGCGAAGUUACUAAUCUGGUAAGGCAUAGAUGCAACUCUUCACGACAGUCAGCUAAUGUUGAAACUCACUAAUGUAUGUAUUUGCUCCUUUUUUUUUUUAAUAAUGUAUUAACUUGUUGAACACUGUUCUUUUUGCAGUGUUACAAAAGUGGGGGUGGGGGGAAUUUCCCAACCUUUUUCAGUUUGGGUGAGCUACUGAAAUCCAUUUUGUACUAGCUAUGUCACCGCUCCCGGCAGCAGCUGGCAGCGGCGCUUGGCCGAGCCAGGGUCAGGUCCAGUCAUUCAACAUCUGUAGUUUUUAAAUUUAUUUUUUUUAAUUGUCUAGUAUUACUAAUGAGGGUUGUCGCAAAUCACACUUCCAGUGUAGUUCCUAGUGUAGGCCCAGUAAAAGGGAUAUCGCAGCUUUGUGUUGGGGAGAAAUUGAGCUGACAUGGCCAGUACAAAGGAGAAAAUAGGGAGGGAAUAACGUUUUGCACCUUAUUGAAAAGAGGAGAAGAUUUUAAGUGCAUACAGACAUAGUUAAGAGCUUUUAUUGUGACAGGAGAACUUUUUUCCAUAUGCGUGCAUACUCUCUGUAAUUCCAGUGUAAAAUAUUGUACUUGCACUAGCUUUUUUAAAACAAAUAUUAAAAAAAAUGGAAGAAUUCAUAUUCUAUUUUCUAAUGGUGGUGUGUCUAUUUGUAGGAUACACUCGCGUCUGUUUAUUGAAUUUUAUGGUCCCUUUCUUUGAUGGUGCUUGCAGGUUUUCUAGGUAGAAAUUAUUUCAUUAUUAUAAUAAAACAAUGUUUGAUUCAAAAUUUGAACAAAAUUGUUUUAAAGAAAUUGUCUGUAUACCAGUACAAGUUUAUUGUUUCAGUAUACUCGUACUAAUAAAAUAACAGUGCCAAUUGCAAA